AUGGCCGCAACAAACACCCCGUUGGACCUGGUCAUACGCUUCUCGACCUCGAACCCGGACGUCAUCCUCUCCAUCAGCGACCCGGCGACGACGUCAGCGCUGUCCUUGAAACAGCAGAUCCGCUCCCAUCUCGACGCGCCAGCUUCCUCGAGCCGACUACGAUUGAUCCACUCUGGCAAAGUCUUGCUUGACAGCGAAACCCUAUCACGAACACUACACGUCACCCUCCCUCCACCACCACCUCCCAACAAUGCCGCCCAAAGCGAGAAGGCCAAGGGCAAACGGCCCCUCCGUCCUCCACCUGCCCAGACACCCCGAGUCUACAUCCACUGCUCCAUAGGCGACCCUCUCACCCCCUCCGACCUCGCCUCCGAAGCCGAACUCGCCGCCAAAGCCGACGCGGCCCUCCUCUCCAACACCACAGCAGCCGUCUCCCAAACCGAAGACAAUGCCGCCCCAACGACAACCACCACCCCCGCCCCCCGCGGCUUCGACCGUCUCCUCACCACCGGCUUCACACCAGCCGAAGUCGCGACGCUGCGCAGCCAGUUCCUCGCUAUCCAAUCGCACACGCAUACGCCGGACACGAUGCCCUCUGGCCCCGAACUGCUGGCGCUCGAGGAGCGGUGGUUGGACAACGGGCACUCCCCUGCGGGAGACGAAGCAGGUGGUUUCGUGAGCGAAGACGAAGGAGGGCUCGAAGACAUGCUGUACGGGAAUUUGACGGGGUUCUUUUGGCCCAUCGGAGCGAUGUUCUGGUUGAUGAGGGAGGAGGGGGUGUGGACGCGGAGGAGGCAGGUGGCGGUGCUGGGCGGGUUUUUGGUUAAUGUUACGUUUGGGUUUUUGAGGGUGAUGAAUUGA